AUGAAUGGUAUUGCAUACCCUUUCGAUUUGCUUUAGAAUGAGGAAAAACUUCAUUUGUUUUAAAACAUCAAAGCCAAAAUUUAUGGAUAAAACGACGCUUAAAUUUCAUUGGAGCCUAUUCCUGGAUCCCUUUUUAUCACGAAUAUUAGAAUAUGUUGGUUCAACUUCCCGAAAAAGAUGGAAGAAUUAUCUCCUUAAGAGAGAUAACUAGUUGAAGCCAUUCAAGUUAAGCAUGGAUAAAAGAAGGAAUUGUGGUAAUCAUUGAAUUUGAAUGGCAAAUCUUUUAUGUUCAUUUAUCCUCGAUUAUUAUCUCAUGGUUUACAGGGUAACAAGUUGCGUUGUUUCAUUGGAGAAUUGGAAGCAGAAGAAGAUGUCUAUAUUCAGUAGAGCAAAAGUACGGGACUGGAAGACUUCCUAGAAUAAGACAAUCCUGUCAAUAUCGUGGAUUUAGAGAGAGGGAAAUAUUAAAUAGAAUUUGAUCUAUAGCUUUUAGAUAAGGAGACUCAAGAUGAGAUUUUCGAUCUAGUAACUGAAUACUCUAUAAAUCAAUAAGAUUCAAGUGAUUCUGAAUAAAUAUAUAUAAACAAAUUAAUUAAUUAAUAGUUAGAAAAUAAGAGCAAAAUGAUUGAUGAAGGUAUUAACAUUUAGGCAAAAAUAUAUGGCAGGCCGAGUUAAAUUCGAAAGCCAUUGUUUAAAAUUAUUAAACGCGUUCAUCCUGACUAGCAAUGCAAAAGAUUACUAUUGAGACCGAAUGGAAAUAUUAUUAUUAAUAAUGUAGAUCAAGGAGAAUUCGUAAUCUUAAGGGACUCUAAACUAUUUGUAAAUUGUCAGAACUUUAUUUCUAUUCCCAAAGACUUUGAAUACUCUGAUUGGACUGUUUAUGAAGGAGGUAUCGAUGGAUUUCAUUUUUUACCCUAUGGAAAAGGGGUAUUUAAAAACAAGGCCGACAGAUUUGAAGGCUAUUUCGCAGAUGGGUUUGCUUCUGAACUUUGCACCUUAGAAAGGACAUAAAACAGUUCUAAAAUUAAAUGCUAUUACUCAUGGGGAUAGAAACAUGGCAAAUACGAAGAGGAAAACAACAACUUAAUUAUUGAAGGUUUUUUUGAAAAUGAUUUGAAAUAAGGGUUGUUCACUGAGAAAUAGAAAAGCACUGACAAACAAGAACGUAAAUACUACAAAAAUGGAGUCAAGUAAAUUGUAGACGAAUCAAAUUACAACAAUCAAUAAAGGAAACUUGGUACGACUACUCGUUAUCUGUUCAAUCAUUAGGACUAUUCAAUUAAUAACUUCACUUUCAAAGGUCUCAAUUAUAAAGAAUGGCUCAAUCAAUUGAUUAUAGAUUAUUAUCUGCAAUUGGUCAUUGACUACUACAAAGAUUUCCUUGCAGAAUCAAUCUAUCAUCUUAAUACUAUCGAAUGCCAGGACAUCUUUUCAAGUUAUAUAACUUAAAAGGAUUAGAAACCACUGAUUCUACCUAAACUCCUAGAAAUUAAUUGUCUAAUCUCUGAUAUCAAGAAAUUGAUUUUUAUAAUGAAUGUUGAUAGAGGACACUUUUUAGUUUUGGUAUGCUAAAAUUAAUAACUCUUCCUUCUUAAUUCAUUGAAUAAUGAUCAAGAUUAAAUUAUCUUACAGAAAGUUGUGAAGAUUAUCCCUACCAUUAACAAAGCACAAAACCAUUCAGAAAAACUAAAAAUUGUAGAAGUUACACAAUAACAAAAUUCUUUUGAUUGUGGAAUUCAUGCUGUUUACAAUACUCUAUUAUAAUACAAAUACUGUGAUAAAAAUGUUAAUGAGAUCGAUUACCAAACUACCAAAAAGAUGAUGGAGAAUCUUAGAAUACAUAUUAAAAAUGUUCUAAUCAACGACUAUGCCCAUUUACUCCCAUAAAUUUCUGAUUCUAAAUAAAAUCAUAGAUAUUGA